CAAACAUUACGCAAAAACUCAAAAUUUACUUUUCUUCACAUUCAAUUUCUGACCGGAAAAUUCUGCCAUGAGUGCGAGAAAGAUGCGAAAACCCCGGGAGAGGCCCGUGAGAAAAUGGACUGUGGAGGAAGAGAAGAGAAUUCUGGAUUAUCUCAUUGCAAAUCAACCCAUUGAAGUUCCUACUGCCAGAGUCUACUAUGCCCAGCUUGUUGAAGAUCUGAAGAUGAACUUAGAUCCAAACUUACUACGCUACAAAGUUCAGAACAUGCGGAGAGUUUUCUUCAAGACAAUGGAUUGGGUGAAGAAAUCCAGGAAGAAUGGAUGGGAUGAUAAUAAGAUCAAAGAAUAUCUCCAAAAAACGUGCAGACACUUUAAGAAGAUGCGCGUAAUCUUCAGUUCUUUCUACCAGAAAUCUAAAUUUGCUGAUCAAGAUGUCAGUGAUUCCCAUGCACAGGAAGACACCACACCCGAGGAGGUUGUUGCAAUGCCCCCAACACCUCAAACACCACAAUCUCUGAGGCAUCAACAGACGCCACAGAAAACGGAGGAAGUGGAAGAACCAGACUUAUCGUGGAUUUCACAGCCAACUUCCCCCAAUGAUUCCGGGAAUCUCACAAAUGUAUCUCAAGAUCCUCUAAUGGACCUGGAUAGUAGUGUUGCUUCGGCAAAAUCAACCCCCCACGAUACCAUGGAGUUGAAGAAAGAAAAUAUCAAUCUGGAGUAUUUCCGGUUGGAAGUUGAAAAGGAAAAAUUGGCAAUUAUGCGUGAAAAAUUAGCCAUGGAACGUCAAAAGUGUGCUGAUGAAUCCAACUACAAAAUCCUCCAGCUUGAGCAGCAGGAAAGGAUUAAAAUUCAUCAAAUCGACAGAGAAGCGGAAGUGAAGAGGUACGAAUUGGCGCUCAAAUAUAAAGAUGAGGUUAAGACGGAAAUGUAAAGGGGCGACGCUUACCUUAAAGUUCUUUUCUUUGUAUUUCCAUUCAUUUUCAUCCCAAGUAUUCACAAAUAAAGAAAAUCUCUAUAAAAGCACAAUGAA